AAUUCAGCAUUGUGUCUCCAGCCAGCCUCUCAGAUGUUGUUGUGAAACCCUCUUGAGCUGCGCUGCUGCAUGACUGAACGCUAUCAGUACUGAGCAGGCAGCUGCCAAACCAGCACACACACACACACACAUGCACACAUACACGCACACAAAUGGAUAUGACUCGUCCGCUGAGGCAGUUUGGUGUGGUGGACGUGGAGUGACAGUUUGGGAAUAACUGGUUCUUCGCCCUGUCCGCGUUGUCUGAAGAUGAAGUGACGGCACCUGGAUCUGAGCCCUGAAAGCUUUACAGCUCGGAUGUCUCCAUCAGCCAAAACAGGACAACAAAGAUGUCAGUGAAGCUGCGAUUUGACUCUCCUGCGGAUGGAGGCUUGAUCCACAGAAGCCGUUCCUUCACCGGGUUCACCUCUCUGAGUGGUCGGCAAAGGACGUCUUCUGUUCGUAACUCUCUUCGUGUCAAAGCCAUGACAGGAAGUAAAUCUUCCAGGGCUCCCGCCUCCCCCCGCAGAGGGUCGGGAGCUAUCUGGUCUCUGCAGCCGGAGCAAGUCGACCGGGUUUUUCAGGCACUACGCAAAGGACUCAAGGACUACCUGGAGGGUCACCAGGCAGAGAUGGACUUCCUGUCCUCACAGCAGAGAGAGACUAAAAGAAACUCCAGACUGGCCUUUCUUUAUGAUCUGGAGAAGGAGAUCAGAGCUUUGGAGAGAUACAUACGACGAUUAGAAUUUCAGAUCAGUAAGGUAGAGGAGCUCUAUGAGACAUAUUGCAUUCAGUGGAGACUGUGUCAGGGAGCGGUCAACAUGAAGAGAGCCUUUUCACUGUCCCCAUCCACCAGAGCCUCCAGGGAGAGUCUGCUGGAGCUCAACCGCAACCACAGACACAGCCUGCAGGACAUGUCCGCUAUGGAAGGAGAGUUAGAAAUCCUCCUAGGAGAGCUACACAUCAAGAUGAAGGGUCUCAUCGGCUUUGCUCGACUUUGUCCAGGAGACCAAUACGAGGUGUUGGUUCGACUGGGCCGCCAGCGAUGGAAAAUCAGAGGGAGGAUCGAAUCAGAUGACACUCAGUCCUGGGAUGAAGAGGAGAUGGUCUUCCUCCCGCACAUACACCACAACUUUGAGAUCAAGGUGACGGAAGCAAAGGGUUUGGGCUGGCUGCUGGUUGGCAUGGUAACGUGUGCAAGCGCAGACUUCUUUGUGGCAAGGCCUCGGGUGAUGUUGGUGGACAUCACAGAGUUGGGAACCAUCAAACUGCAGCUGGAAGUUACCUGGAAUCCAUUUGACAGCACUGAGAAGCUGAGGCCGCUGCCCGCCAACAAGCUCGUGUCCAGCAGAAAGAGUUCAGUUUACAGCUGGACGGCACCGAGCACCCCCUCCUUCACAGAGAAAUAUACUUUAUUGUAAUCAAUGGUGCGUGAGCUGCAGGAUCAGGAAGGUUCUCCUCCCCUCUGGUGCCCAAAGAGUCGUUCCAACAGAGGAGGAAUGUCUCUACUCAACUACCUCUCCAACCCUUCAAACACCUCCAUCGCAUCAAACCACAGUCCUCAGAGCCAUUCGCCCCCGAGUCUCACACGGGCACACAGCAACCCAUUCAGCCCGAGUCAAGGCACCAGUCCGGGAGGAAGUCAGACUCAGCUGUCGCUUGGAGAGGAAGAUUCCCUGGAGAUGUCAACAGAGGAGCAAGAGAUGAGGAAGAGGGUGGAUAAGAAGGGUGAGGAGGAGGAGAGGAGGAGUGGGGAGUUGAGUUUCAAGAGUUCAUCUUCACCAGAAGAAAGUAAAACAGAUUCCCUUCUGACCUUACAGAGGUCCAGCACUCCAGACAUCCUGAGGAAGAGCACAUCCGGAGAAGCAGGCCCUGAGACCCACAGCGCAGCCCCGAGUAAGGAGACAGUUAAUGGACAGCACGCCACAGAUUGUGAGGAAUAUUCUGUCACAGCUUUGCCAACACCACCUACUCAGGCCCCCAGCUGCCCCAAACCUCGCCCACAGCAGGCUGCUCCAACACCGGGGAGGCUGGGUGUGAGCGGAGCCCCAGCCCAUGCCCAGGCGCUCAGGCUGGGAGCCAUUAUUGCGGAGCUGGAGAACUAUUAGCAGGACACAGAGCUGCUCUGACAAGGACUGAGAGCCCUGGAUCACCAGAUACUGCACUUGGCCACCAUACUGAAGGAUGACCUGUCAAUGCUGAGAAGCUCUUCAUCACAGGAGACUCUGGUUGUUGAGGAGGUCCUGGACUUUGACUUCUUGUCAAAUGACCUAACGCAAGACGAUGACGCCUCCUGUUUGGGAGGCCUGAGACUAAAAGACAGUGGAAUUAGUUCAUUCCAGCAGAGCAUCCAGAGGAGCCAUGGCCUUCUCUCUGAAGGCAGCCAGUCUUCUGAGGAAGAGCUAGUCAUCACCCCUCUGACCUCUGGGAACUGGGGUCUUGAUCAAACUGAGACUCACCUGGAUAUCUGUUGCAUCCUGCUGCAGGUACAGAACAUUCACAGCCUGUGUCGCACGACCGACUUCAGCCCGUCUAGAAGGGAGCUGCUGGAGGAAAUGUCUCUCCAAGCUGAGUCUGGACAAAUCAGCUGUUUGCUACUAGAGAAGAAUGACAGCAUCUCUGCACGAGACAGUUAGUGGAAAAUUCUCCCCAAGGCCAGAGAACGAGGGAUUUGCCUGUUGUUCUGGGAGGAGUGUGUGAACGACAGCAGCUCUCCUUUCUGUUGCAACAUCGACAGCUUCACACAGAGCCUAAAGAAACGCUACACACACAAGGUGAAGGAGCAGCCCGGCCAAUCAGAGAAAGUGUUUUCUCAGCUCCUGCAGCAGGUCCAGGCGGCCUGCCGGGUGGUGCCCAGCUCCCAGACAGUGUGCAGCCCAGAGAGAGUCACCCUCUUCCAGCUGUCAGUGUACCUGAAACGUUGGAACUUCCAGGAGCUUGGAGAGAACAUCUCCCGCCUCUCCAAAGAAGAGUACAUCCUCUUGGCCCUGAGGAGCCCCAAGCGGCGGCGAGCUUUAAAUAAGCUGAGGGGCCGGAGGAUCACAGAGCUCCUUCCACUGGGAUGCACCCUGCAGACUCUUGCCUCCCUGCAGAUCGACUCCAACCACAAAGUCUGCAAAGCUGCUGCCAACUGCAUCUGCAGAGCGGCCGGGUGCAAGGCCUUCAGGACCAAGGCGGUGCUUUACUACACAGAAAGCCUGAAAAGCACUGAUAUUAAAAUCCAGCAGGGUUCCUGUCUGGCUCUCAAAUGCCUCAGGGCCACAGAGAGCGUGGACCACAUAGCAGAUUUAUGGAGAUCAACAGAUGAAGAUCUUCGAAGUGCUGCCAGAGAAACUGUCCUCUCCUUUGGUAAAAAGGGAUACCAGGCCUACCAGAGGAUGGACCAGCUGGACACUGAGAUGCAGGAGGAGGCUUACCAGAACCAAGAGACUGAGAUUACUAUUUUAUAGGAAACAGAUCAGGAUCAUAAGCAGGUGCAGAUGUUGCAGUGAUGCUAAAAAGAGACUAAAACCAAGCCUACAUUUAAACUGGAUCAGGUUUAUGAACCUGCCAGGACACCUUACCUCCUGGGAAAACUUAACUUUUCCUUAAGAAUCUGUGGUAUCGGAGAAACACGUGCGGAGGAAGAUCUUAUGAUGGAGGCUUCAGCUUUCCCUGGAUGGAUCGUUCGCUCGCUGAUGUCACUGACUUUUCUCCUCCUGUAUUGUUUUACUCAGAACUCGAAUUUAUUUUUGUUAGAUUUGUAGAGUUUUGUUUAAAGAGGACGUUUUGUUUUCAGUUACAUUUAAUUAUUUAACCUGAUACGAUGUCUGUGCAGCUAUAUUCUGACUUUUUUCUAAUGUCGGGAGUUGAUUUCAUCAACCAUGUGACUGUCUUAUUGGGAAAUGAAGGAUAAAAAUAUGAUAUGAUUUUACAUAAUCCUGCAAGUGUGUGGUUUAGAGCAAAAAUUGGCUACAAUUUUCAAAUAUCACAUGAAUAUUAAACCCCUACGAAUUAACAAAAUCCACAUUAACAGCUCCAAACUGUGCCUCUCCUGCCUGAGAGUUCAGUCUUGAACUAAAUUUAAAUUUUUUUAAGGCUUAAUUGGAAAAAAAAAAUGAGACUAUGAGACCUUUGCAUAUAUAGACAAAUGUUGUAAAACAUGAACAGAUUAUGCGAUUAUAUGGUGGUCAUAUUGUUUUCAUUAUCAUAGGAGAAACAUGAUUUUUCCCUCAAAUUUCCAUGUUUUUUUUUUUUGUUUUUGUUUUAACUGCAAAUAGGAAUGCUAUCAAUGUUACCAAAUUUUCUUUUAUCCUCCUUUUCUUUGACAAAAUAGAAGUUUAUUCUAAUUUUUUCUGAAGGAAAACGUUCAGUUUGUUGCCUUUGCGCCGUCACAGAAGCAGAGGCCGCUGCUGCCCUCUGCUGGCCGUUCACAUAAACUGAAGUUGGAGAAGGACCCCGACUUGAGGAGACUUUUGCUCGCCGCUAAGUAGAUUUGGAUGUGGUCAAACUGACCUAGGACCUCACUGACCGAGCUAUUUAGGGACUGGCUGUGAGGUCGUGGGAAGAAAUAUGCUGUCAUCAUCAAAGUAUCUGAAGUUGUUGCAUAAAAUGAGGCUUUUCUUCAGCCUUAUUGUGUCCACGAUAACUUUAAGAAAAGAUGUUUGAAGAAAGCGCUUCAGGACACUUUGUUUCUGAUGUUUUCUUGAUAAUAAAGAUGCAGAAUCAGAUCAGCUCUCUAAAACAAAACCUACACACAAAAAAGAAAAAGUUCAGUGAGAAGCAGAGCUCGACUUUAACCAUGUUUGAAAGUCUAUGCAUGCUUUGUUUCAGCCCCCUCCCACACGACCAGAUGGUGCACCAUUUGCACCUUUAAAAGAGGGUUUAGACAAUCAAGACGAAAGGAUUUCAAAGUCAUCUUUGUACACAACUUAACAUAAUGCCUCGCCCCCAAAAAUCUGAAUAGUUUUGCCUUUGCAAAACUCUCACAGUCUGAACAUCGCUUAUUUGCCCAUUUUUGGUAGUUUUCCAAGUGCUUUCAGAAAAGCAGAAUCUCUGAAAUCAGAAUGUUUUGUGGUUGCUUUGAAGAAAAAAGAGAAAGUGAGUAAAAUAAAUGUGCUGAGAAAGCUUUGGAAGCAUAAACAGGGGGCCAGAGGAAGAUAAGAAGGAUUAAACAUGGCAACAUGCUGACAUUUAUGUGCUAAAAUCUUCACCAUCUUAAUUUAUCUGCAAAGUUUGUUGUGAAUGUCAUAUUUCUUUUAGGUAUUUUGGGUAUAAAAUACCUGAAAAUACAACAAUUUUAUAGUUUAAUAUCAUCAAAAAACAAAGCCUGACACAUAAUCACGUCUGAGAAACUGAUACCGGGGAGUUUUUUCAAACCUUUAAUCAAUUAUCUGACAGUUGACUGACUAGUUACUCAUAAUCGCUCCAGCUCAACAGCAGCUCCUGGUUGCCUGGUGAAACAAGGAUCCUGCCUCAGGAUACUCAGGGGUCAGCAGGGUCAACGGUGCACGAUGAAAACUUUCUGCUCAGCAUUAAAACUAAUUCAAGACUUAAAGUUUAGCAGUUGUGAUUCUUUGUUCUUAAAAUCUGGGAUUAAAACAGUAAACAGGGAAACUUAUCUGAGAUCAGCCAGCUAUGUGUCAAAUUCUGGUUUCAACAAGUAUUUUUUACGACCUGUGUGUCUGGAUACAACAGCAGGACAUGGAAACUGAAAUUCAAUUUGAAUCAGAUUUAUUGUAGUAAGAGAAUGAACUGAGGAGACCUGCAGAGUGAAGCAAAGAUCAGUUGGUGGCUGCAGAGCACAGCAAGCAGGUUUAAUUCAAAGAGCUGUUGCGGGGAGCUGAGCUGAAUAUUUAACCGACUGAAACACAGGAAGAGACGAGUUACUUCAAACUCAAAGCACAGGAAGAAUGCAAAGCUGAGAGCUGGUCGUAGCAUCAGCAGAUGGGUCAGAUGAGAAAAUCAGCCUCAGGUGUGCAAGUUGAUUAACCUGGAGGAGAGCUUGUAGCCACGCCCACCACACACAGACGGCAUGGAGAGAGGAGGAGAAAAAAAACCAGGAGGAAUGGGAAAAGGGAGAAGAGCAGUACUGUCAAAAUCUCGUCAUAUGAUUGUAAAGGCAAGGUUACUGAGAGUCCAUAUUUACACAAGUGAAAACAUUAAAGGAUCAAAAAUCAUAAAGUAACAUUUACUGCUACCAUCAGGAAGUUAAUUAGUGACAUUUUUGGUUCAUUUCUGGCAUUAUCAGAAAUAAAACAUAAAAGAUAUUUUUAUAUAAAAUAAUUUCAAAGUCCUGCAGGGUCUCUAUUAAAAUUGUGCCAAGAAACAUUGCAGUGCACAGGUGAUUUUUUUUUUUUUAAUGGUUGCUUAAUUUUAAGGUCAAACAUUUACUCUGAUCUAUGAAUUGCAGGCUGCAAAGGUCUGAAGGCUUCAUUGUGAAAGAUGUUUAAGCUGUUUGACUUUUACUUGGACUUUCCCUGCUGUUUGAAACUAUAACUGCAGCCCUCUGC